AUGGCUUUUUACUUGAAUCAUUUAAGGAAGAAGGAUUGGCUCGCUUUGAGCUGCGAUAGACUGCCGAACUUUAUCAACGGGAAAUUCAUUCAAUCGAAUACACACAAUUUCCAUCCAGUCACAGAUCCUUCCACUAACAAAGUUCUCUCCUUAACCCCUGAAUCCACUCAUGAUGAGAUCACUUCUUCAAUCAACACCUCCUUUACCGCUUUCAAUCAAUGGAAAUCUUCCUCAGUUCUAUCAAGGCAGAAGUUCGUUUUAAACUUUCAACACCAAAUUAGGCUCCACUUUGAUGACUUAGCAAUCGCUGUAGCAUUUGAGAAUGGCAAGACUUUCAAUGACGCCAAAGGCGAUGUCUUGAGAGGUUUACAAGUCGUCGAUUAUGCCGCUUCUAUACCUACAACUUUAAUGGGCUCUUUCUUGCAGGUUUCUGAUCAUAUUGAUACUCAUACAAGAAAACUACCAUUAGGUGUCUGUACUAUGAUCGCUCCAAACAAUUUUCCUUCUAUGAUUCCCAAUUGGUCUUUACCUUUAGCUAUAGCUACCGGUAACUCUCUCAUACUCAAACCUUCUCAACGCACUCCAACCGCUUCUUUGUUAUUAGCUGAAUUAGCUUCUAUUUCUGGCUUACCUGAUGGUGUUCUCAAUGUUAUUAAUGGUACAAACAAUGUCGUUGACUCUUUAAUCACUCAUGAUCAUGUCAAAGCUGUCAGUUUCGUCGGUAGUGAUCACGCCGGCAAACAUGUUUACGAGAAAGCUACUCAACAUAGUAAGCGCGCUCAAGUAAACAUGGGCGCAAAGAACCACGCUGUUGUUUUACCUGAUGCUGUAAAAGAUGCUUCAAUCAACUCCAUCUUAGGUGCUGCUUUCGGUGCUGCUGGCCAAAGAUGUAUGGCUUUAUCUGUCGCAAUUUUAGUUGGUGAUUCUCGCAAAUGGUUACCUGAUAUUAUAGAAAAAGCUUCUGAUUUCAAAGUUGGUAAUGGUUUUGAUCAUACCACAGAUGUUGGUCCGGUCAUCUCACCUGAAUCGAAAUCUCGUGUUUUAUCAUUAAUUAAACAAUCAAGAGAACAAGGUGCAAAUGUUUUGUUAGACGGUUCUAAUGUAUCCGUCAAAGGCUUCGAAGAUGGUAAUUUUGUUGGCCCAACAAUAAUAUCAAUCCCUUCUACUCAAUUGGAUAUCUAUAAAACUGAAGUAUUUGGUCCAGUUCUUUUGCUAUUAGAGGCUGAAACUCUCGAUGAAGCUGUUCAAAUCAUUAACAAAAAUAAGUAUGGUAACGGUGCUUCUAUCUUCACCGAAUCAGGCUCAGCUGCUAGAUUGUUUGAGUCAAAAGUCGAGCCCGGUCAAAUUGGUAUAAACAUUCCUCUUCCAGUUCCUCUACCCUUCUUUUCAUGGUCAGGCAACAAAGCUAGCUUUGCCGGUGAGAAUAGCUUUUAUGGUGAACAAGGUGUCAACUUUUACACACAAACUAAAACAACUACAUCCAUGUUCAAACCUUCUAAUCAAACUCCUACAAUUGAAAGGCCAUCUACUAGUAUGCCAACAAUUGUCUAA